GAUAGAGCAGAGUUGGCAAAGGAAGGAAGAGAAUUUUUUUUUUGAAUGUGUAAAAAGGAGAACAAAGAACGCCACUGAAAAGGAUCUCAGCUGGCAUGCAUGCACACCCUGCCUCCUUCCAUCACAAACGAGCAGAUUUCCAGGAAAUUUGAGGAGGAUCCGGAUCCGGAGAAAAAGAGCUCAAGAGAGCAAGAAAAGCAACGUGGACAAAAAAAAAAGAGGAAGGGCCAGAAAGAAAGUCCUUCGGAGACGAUGGGGGAGCAGCCGAUCUUCAGCACCAGGGCCCACAUAUUCCAGAUCGACCCGUCCACCAAGAGGAACUGGAUCCCAGCUAGCAAGCAUGCAUUAACGGUUUCCUACUUUUACGACGCCACCCGCAAUGUCUACCGUAUCAUCAGCGUGGGAGGCACCAAGGCCAUCAUCAACAGCACCAUCACCCCCAACAUGACCUUCACGAAAACCUCGCAAAAAUUCGGCCAGUGGGCUGACAGCAGAGCCAACACAGUGUACGGGCUGGGCUUUGCUUCGGAGCAGCAUCUCUCCCAGUUUGCAGAGAAGUUCCAGGAGGUAAAGGAAGCUGCCCGCUUGGCGAGGGAGAAGUCUCAAGAUAAGACCGAGCUGACCAGUCCUGCCCUGAGUUUGACUUCCCAGCAGAUUUUCCCCAGUCCCAUCAUCAGUUCCAACGGGCCCGGUGACGACAAGUUCUUCCGGAGCCAAAGUGCAGAUAUGGAGAUGACGACGGAAAGGGAGAGGAUCAAGAAGAUGCUGUCAGAAGGGUCUGUGUGUGAAGUCCAGUGGGAAGCUGAAUUUUUCACUCUGCAAGACAGUAACAACAAGCUGGUGGCAGCCUUGCACGAAGCCAAUGCCAACGUGGAGCAGUGGAAGAAGCAGCUGGCAGCCUAUCAGGAGGAGACAGAAGCACUGCGGCUGCGGGUGGCAGAGCUGGAAGCCCAAAGAGGCCACGAUUCCUCAAGCGAAGCCAAAGAGGAGGCCAGUCCAGCUGUGGAGGAGCUGGAGCAGUUAGUGAAAGCCAAGGAUGAGGAACUUCAGCAACUGAAAAGCCAGAAAGGGGGACGCUGGGAAGGUGAUGAAGGGAGCGAGGAAACCUUUCAGAAGGUGCAGGACCUGGAGAGACGGAACAAGGACUUGGAGCGUCGCUUGCAGCUGGCCGAGCAGACCCUCUCCGAGACGCUGUCUGAGCGGGAGAAGAUGUACCACGAAGUGUCCAAGAUUACCAGAGACUUCGCAGUGCAGCCAGACACCCGAGAGAGAGCCGUGAAUCUCUCUGUUCAAGAAAAGGGGACUCUCGGUGGGUUCUUUUUCCUCCGCCCCUAUUGUAUGUCUUUUUCAAUGACUUUUUCUUUUCGUGUGUUAGGCAAAUCUAUUCCUGUGCUAUUGAGCCGGGAAGAGCAGGGAGGGUAAAGGGGAAGGGAGGUGGGGGAGGGUGUUAAAUGUCAGAGGGUAAAAAAGGAUAUCUCCAUGGUAGAGGGGAGGGGCUCAACCAGCUGCCAAUCUGACAGUUUGCCAGGUUGCAAUUAAUUAGCACUAAAUGAAGAAAUUUACCCUCUCCCUUGUUUUAUACAGAAGCAUGACUGACAGAAGCCGAAGUGUGUGUGUGUGUGUGUGUGUGUGUGUGUGUGAGGAGUUGAUGGGUGUACCUAUCCCAGCAUGCAAUGUUCUUGCUGGAUCCAUCACCCAGAAAAGAGACCUCGUCUACUGCCACACGGGCAUUUCCUCGUUGUGCACUCGCUGCCUGUGCGAAAGCGGCGGCAAUGGAGCCUCUGUGUGGAGGGAUUCUCUGGGCUUUCCCUGGAAUCUUCUGGUGCCCGUCAGCCUCAUCUCAUCCCACUCCGCCUCAUCUCAUCCCACUCUGCCUCAUCUCAUCCCACUCCGCCUCUUCUCAUCCCACUCCUGGAAGGCUUUUUGACAGCUUUCUUUUUAAUGGGUAUAUUGCUAUGUUAUUGUAUCACUGUAGCAAUAUAACUACUGCUCCCCAGAGCUGCCAUUUUCUCCAGGGCAACUGAUCUCCAGAGGCUGGGAGAUCUCCAGGCCUCACCUGGAGGUUGGCAACCCUAGAGCUCCUAUAGGUGGGGUGCUCAGAAAACCCAUGCCUUCCCAUCCACUCUGGUAACCAGACCCACUUUCAGCAUGAGGCGGAGGAAAAAUCAGAAGGUGCGCAAUAGCACAAUGAUGCUGUACAAAAGCUUAAAGGGGGAGGCGCAGCUUCAGAGGCAAGGUGGAGCCAAACGAAGCAGCCCUUGUCUGCUCACGGCUGCCUCCACACAAGAAUAUCCACAAGUCAUCGUCUCCUAUUUAUCCUGUUUCUCCGUUUCCCCGAUUUGCUGAGUUCUUUCCCAAAUGUGGCACAGUACAAUCCUUUGGGAAAGAUGGUAGGCAAAAGUGUCGUUGGAUUCUGUGUGGAAGGGGAGGUGUGCCUUUUUGCAAGUCCUACCUACAUUGGUACUGUUUUCCUUGCUUUAGUCCCUGUAUUUGCCAUUUCUGCUAAUAUGUACCCCUCCCACCCCUGCCGAGGGCUUUUCUGAUUUUAAAAAAAUUAGUAAUUGACAGAUCACUAUCGUUAGUGUUAUAAUGAUAUACUGCAGCCAUGUAUUUGUCCCAGCAAAUCUCUGGCCUUUUUCCUUGCACAUCUUUCCCCUUAUACCUCUACAUGGAAAAGGGCUAGAAACUUACUAUGAAAAAAUGAAAGCUGGGAAUAAGUAUGUUGUUGUAAUAGAUUGUUAUAAUGCUGUAACGAUCUAUCAGUUCACAUUUUUUUUAAAAAACUUCUGAAUUGGGGCCUUGGGGGGGUUGAAACAAAACUGGUAUAGGGGCAACUGCCAUGUGGACAGUUUAUUGCCAGCAAUGAGAGCUACAGAAAGAAAUGUGUCUGUGUGGAUACAAUGCCCACCAUACAAGUAUAUACAUUUCUUGUGGAGGGAAACUGACUUUUCUUUGCACACAGAAGUUCCAAGUUAUCUCUCCAGCAGCACUGAUUGAAAGAUUUGAGGAAUUUUCUCAGCCGGAAACUCUGGCUCACUGUGCCAGUCAGAGUGGGCAACUUUGACCUGGCUGGACCAAUGGCCUGUCUUAUGAGGCAGCUUCCAGUUUUAUGUAUCAGGCACCCAUACGUGAAAGUGAAACCUGCAAGUGCUUUCUGCCUUGGUUCCAUCUACAUGAUACAUUUUACAAAGGUCUAUCCCUGGGACUUUUUGUUGUCGUCAGUUCUCGUGCACAAGGAGCUCUGGAUUGGGACCACCAUGUGCAGGGAGAAGGGGCCUCUGCCUUUCUCCUGUGCCAUUUUCCCAACCCAAAACCACCCCAGAAGGGACACUCUUUGACCCAUUGGAUGCUGUAUGUUCAAUGUAUUCUUAGGCCCUGGUAGCUUGAUUAAAUCCAGGAUGAGA